AUGCCCUCCGUCCGCUCCCAGAAGUCUUUCUGCAAUGAAAGCCUCCGCCUCCGCCUUGUUGUCGAAGUCAAUGUCGACAUACAGCCUGCUCUGGAAGCCUUCAAGAGGAAGCUCGAGGCCGUCAAGGGAGCGUCUCCAAAGGACGAAGCCCGCCUCGAGAGCUUCCUCAAGGCGUACAACAACAGCGAGGACGACAAUGUCUGUUAUGCGAUUGUAAAAUCGCAGACGGAUAGCUGUCGUAACUGCUGCAAUGCCCGAGAGCAGCAGGCCUGUUUGUUCAUUGUGCGUGGCACGACGGAGGAAGCGCGCCACAAAGUCCUAGCAGCUCGUCUGGGGAUAUACGAGUCGGACAUCGGCGCCAACCUCGUAGUCGCCAUCGAUGGGUGCUCCAAGUGCCGGCAGUUCAAGCAGGCAUGCCCCCAUUUUCCUGCCAAGGACGCCCGCCGCCGCCGCCCAAGGCCAGAUCGGAAGGUUGGAGACCGGGUUCCUCAGGGACAAUUGGGAGAGGUUGUAGCUCCGCCAAACCCAGAUGGCGCGCCUUUGGACAACCACUUGGGAGGAAUGGACUUGGCGCCACCCGCAUUAGAGGCUCCACAGCCUCUAUUGGCGCCAGUGGCUGAAGAGCCCAUGGGUCUAAUCAACCCUCAUUUCGACCCGCCACCCAUCGGCUACUUCCCUCCCCCCUCUCCCCCUACAGUUGCACUGGCCGAACCUUUGCCAGUCGACUUCCUCCCUCCUCCUCCUCCUGCCCCAGCCAAAUUGCCUCCUCCUCCCGCUGUAGGCUUCUACCCUCCCCUCGCCCCCCUCAAUGGGCCCCUCGGCGGCGCACCACAAGACGGCCUCCCUGUUGGGUUUAAUGGGAUCCAACAGCUCCAUUUCGAUGGCAAUGACGUGCCAGGACUCGGGCAGGCCCAAUUCCAUCCUUGGGAUUUCCAGGUGGACCAAGUCCAGCCCUGGGAUUUGGGGGCGGCCGCAAUGGUGGCUCAUCAGCCGCCACCUCACCAGGAGGAGCCCAUUGCACUCCUUGAGUUCCUCAACGGCUUCGAGAUACCCGAGCCCGCACCAGCACCCGAUCCUGCACCUGUACCCGAUCCUGCACCUGUCCAGGUGCCGGUCGCAGAGGCCUUCGAUUUAGGCUUAUGGUUAGCUUGUCAGGACCAGGGUGGGCAUGUUUGGUAG